GAGUAAAGGACAAGGGGUUGGUGGCAUAGACUCACAAGCUUUUGUAAAUAAGACAAAUCAUCACCAAAAUAUGUCUUCUUUGACAAAUAUCUAAGAGAUGGGAAGAGAGAUUGGAGACACUGGUGAAAAACUUUGAGAGUUCUUCCUCCCUGAGAUGCAUAUAUGUUCACCUCUGUGCUGUAAGUCUUGUGAACCAAGUUGAACUUCAUCGUCUUCCUUUGUACAUCAAAACCACUCACUUUAAAAACAACUGUCUUUAUUAACCUACUGACAACUGAAGAGUGCUACGGCAAGAAAGUAAGUGGAGUUGUGCCUUCAUGUCUUCUCCACAGAACAGUGAAAAGCUUGGAAUGUACAAAUACAUAUAAUGCAUGUCAGUUUAAUUGGAAGGAAAAAGCAGGGUAUUUUCAGAACAAUCAGGAACUCAAUAGUCAAAAUCAUUUCAUGCAUUUCAGAGAGAAUGAAUGCUUGAUAUUCAAUAGUCACAGCAAAUGUAGAAUACAGAACCACAAGAAGUUCCCUAUUUAGAAUAAAAUGUAAGCUUUAACUUAACAUGUGGAAUUUUUCUACAUUCCUGAAUCUUGAAUUUCCAAUGAAAUCAUACUAAAGAAUGACCUGGGGAAACUGGACAACCGUCAAGGAAUUUAUUCUUACCAGCUUCUCAAGCUUGUCUUAUGAAAUACAAGCUCUACUAUUUCUCCUGUUUUUGAUCAUUUACCUAGUUACACUCUUGGGCAAUGUCCUCAUCAUCCUGGUUACUACAGCUGACUCUGCUCUACAAAGUCCCAUGUACUUCUUCCUUAGAAACUUAUCCUUCUUGGAAAUAGGCUUCAACUUGGUCAUUGUGCCCAAGAUGCUGAGUACUCUGAUACUGCAAGACAAAUCCAUCUCCUUCCUUGGCUGUGCUACUCAGAUGUAUUUCUUCUUUUUCUUUGGGGCUGCUGAGUGCUGCCUCCUGGCCACAAUGGCAUAUGACCGCUACAUGGCUAUCUGUGAUCCCUUGCACUACCCAAUAAUCAUGAGCUGCAGGUCCUGUGCCCAGCUAGCAGCUGCCUCUUGGUUCUCGGGGUUCCCGGUGGCCACUGUGCAAACCACAUGGAUUUUCAGUUUCCCUUUUUGUGGUCCUAACACCGUAAACCACUUCUUUUGUGACAGCCCCCCUGUCAUAGCCCUGGUCUGUGCUGAUACCUCCCUGUUUGAACUGGAGGCUCUGACAGCCACGGUUCUGUUCAUCCUCUUUCCUUUCUUACUGAUCCUGGGUUCCUAUGUCCGCAUCCUCGCCACCAUCUUCAGGAUGCCUUCAGCUGAGGGAAAACGCAAGGCCUUUUCCACUUGUUCCUCCCAUCUCCUGGUUGUCUCCCUCUUCUACAGUACUGCCAUCCUCACAUAUUUCCGGCCACGCUCAAACACCUCCCCCGAGAACAAAAAGAUGCUAUCACUCUCCUACACAGUCGUCACUCCAAUGUUGAACCCCAUCAUCUACAGCUUAAGGAAUAACGAGGUGAAAGCUGCACUGAGGCGGAUCAUGCAUAGAACUCUGGGUCCUCAGAAGCUAUGAUUGACUUAGAAACUAGCAAAUGCAUGGUGUGAGGAUAAAACAAAGAACAAUGAAUUCUCUAAGUAGCUACUCUUUCAAGGAACACUAUGCACCUACCGAAAUUGUGGACUCUCCACUAGGAUCCACUAGAGGAUGAAAGAAUGAAGGUACAGAAAGAAGUAUAGCAGGCUGAAUGAGUCACUAGGUUCUCUAGGGUACUCCUUGGUACUUCAACUAAACGUGGACAAUUUCCUACA